CGCUGUGUUGUCGCUACAGUGUUUAUCUAGAGCUAUAAUGGCGGCGGUCGGGGUGGAUGCGCCCGCACUGGAGCCAUGCCGUCUCCCAUCCCCGUGUCUAGGCUGCUGCCCAAAGACCUGUUCCCCAGCGUUGGCACGGGAGUCUGCAGCAGCCCGCUCUUCAAACAGGGCAGCACCCUGCACAUCCCCGCUCCUCGCCCUGGUCGUUGCUCCCGGCCCUGGUCCUCGGUGAUUCUGUGGCCGGAGCUGCGGACUGUGGGACCGGUGGGCUCGGGAGGCUUCGGCUCGGUCUUCAGAGCGGAGUACCUGGGUCAGAGCGUGGCACUCAAACGGGUCAACAGGUCUACUAAGAACCGCCUGGCUUCAAGACACAGCUUCUGGGCCGAACUGAACGCGGCGCAUCUGCGCCACCGGAACAUUGUGCGCGUUCUCGCUGCCAGCACAUGUGUGCCCGCGGAGCCGGAGUACGAGGGCAGUUUAGGGGGCGUGCUGAUGGAGCUCUGCGUGUCGGACCUACAGCAGAUUAUCUACGGCACUGGUCCACUGGAAGAGAAUCGCUGUUUGCGCUACGCCGAGGACGUGACGCACGGUCUCCACUUCCUUCACGCGCACGAUGUGCUGCAUUUGGACAUUAAACCUGCGAACCUGCUGCUGUCCCAGGACGAUGUGGUCAAGAUCGCGGACUUCGGUUGCUCCCUGAAGCUGGAGCCCGGGUCACAGGCUGCGGCCGUGAGCCCACAGCUGAGCCACGUAGGCGGCACGUUUACGCACCGCGCUCCGGAGCUGCUCAAAGGCGAGCCCGUGUCUGCCAAAGCGGACGUGUUCUCAUUCGCCAUCACGCUGUGGCAACUGCUGACUCGAAACCAGCCGUACGAGGGGGACCGACAGUACGUCAUUUACGCCGUAGUGGCGCACGAGAUGCGGCCGCAGCUUCACGGGCACGCGGUUUUCAGCGGAGCGCGUGGGCAGGUUUACCGUGCGCUGUUGAGGCGUUGCUGGAGCGCACAGCCCCAGAACAGACCAAGCUCAGAGGAACUACUACAGCUGCUGCCCAGGGGCGAGGACACGUGACCACUGUGGCCACUGGACCUCUGGUUCUGAACAAGUGAAAUUUACAGACCCAGUUCCUUAGCUCACCCUAGAGGACGAAUUCAACCAUGGGACUGUGGCAGAUAUGCGCUUUACUGUAUGAUGAUGUUUUAAUAGUGUUGUUGUGAUUGCUCUUAAAUGUUUUCAUUAAACUUUUUUUUUAUCUUUA